AUGGCCCUCCUUACCACCGCAGUCGCGUACCUCUCCCAACACAUCCCCUCCAUCCUACUAACAAUCCUCAUCAUCCACCUCACCCGCAACUACUUCACGCCCGGAGUAUCGCACAUCCCAGGCCCAUUCCUCGCCAAACUCACCAAUCUGUGGCGGUUUGUAGAUGUAGCGCGAGGCAAAGCGGAGAUCACACAUUAUCGGCUGCACCAGGAACAUGGCGAGUAUGUGCGGUUGGGACCGAAGGUCGUGAGUGUGUGGAAUGUGGAGGCGUUGAAGGUGAUUUAUGGGGUUAAUAGGGGGUAUAAGAAGACGGCAUUCUAUCGUGUCCAGCAACAACUUGCAAAGGGAAAGCCGACUAAAACACUGUUUACGUCCCUUGACGAGGACUUUCAUGCUAGGAUUAAACGACCCGUGUCGGCGGCUUAUUCGAUGAGUACGGUUGCCGAGUUCGAGCCGUUUGUGGAUAGUACGAUACGGACGUUUUUUGCGCGGUUGGAUGGGUUUGCGGCGAAGAGGAGUGUGUUUGAUAUUUCGACGUGGUUGCAGUAUUAUGCGUUCGAUGUCAUUGGUGAGAUGACGUUCAGCAAACAACUUGGGUUCUUGCAGCAGGGUCGUGAUGUGGAAGGUAUCAUCAAGUCGUUGGAGGAGUUGUUCGAUUAUGCGGGAAAGAUUGGUCAAAUGCCCUGGCUUGAUUAUGUCUUUGUCAAGAACCCUGUCUGGCAGCUUAUUCGGGGCGGGUCUACAGGAGCUGUUGCUCGUUUCGCCCGCGACCGCUUGCAUGAACGGCUGUCUCAGGAUGGCAGUAAGCGAGAUGAUUUCCCUGGUUGUCAGAAAGACUUCUUGACCCGCUUCUUGGAGGCGAAAUCUACUCACCCUGACGUGGUCGACGACGCCCAGGUAUUCUCAUAUACAGUCAGCAAUGUGAAUGCAGGCUCUGAUACCACUGCUAUCUCUCUCCGAGCGAUCCUAUACUAUACGUUGAAGAACCCCAGGGUAUUGAGCAAGCUGCAGGAGGAAUUGCAUAGCGCCGUCCAAGCUGGCCAAAUUACCGUUCCUGUAUCAUGGAAACAAAGCCAGGAACUCCCAUAUCUCGACGCUGUCAUCAAGGAGGCUCUUCGUCUGCAUCCACCCGUAGGACUCCUCUUGGAGAGGGUAGUCCCCGCAGAAGGCCUCCAAUUGCCAAACGGCCCCUUCCUCCCCGCUGGGACUGUUGUUGGAGUCAAUCCGUGGAUAAUCCAUCGCCACGCUAUUUUUGGCAAAGAGGUUGACAGGUUCGUCCCUGAGCGUUGGCUGCGGGGUAACGAUGAAUCAGAAGCGGAGUUUCAGAUACGAAGGCAGAAUAUGCUAGGGGCAACGCUGACGUUUGGGGCCGGCCCCCGAACCUGCAUUGGGAAGAACAUCAGUCUGUUGGAGAUAUAUAAGCUGAUACCAUCGUUGCUCUUGGCAUACAAGGUAUGUGCAUUGCCAUCGCCUCUUUUUCUGGCAAUUUGCGAUCCCUGGCUGACGGGUGGCUGUUACAGGUUGAAUUGA